AUGGGCGUCACGAGCUUCUCAAAACUCAUCGUUGUUCUCUGCUGGCUUCCGCUUGCAUUGUGUGUCACCAAACGCGAAGCGUAUGUCACGAUUCAAAACAACACUCCCGAUGUCAUCAGCGGCGCAAGCAUCACCCACAAGUACAGCGACAACUACAAGAACCAAGCCGACUUUGGUGAUAUUCUGCCAGGCGCCACGUCUUCCAUCCUCCAAACGGUUGAAUACAACACAGGCGCUUUUACCACCGGUCGCGACUGGUGGUUCAUAACCUAUCACCGUGAGCAAGCCGGCUCGGAGCGCCCCAACGAGCUCUUGAUGUGGUAUUCAGACCCAACCAACUUCCGCAGUAUCAUCGACUUCCUCGAGAAAGCGGCCCCAGCACUCAUCAAGGUGGCCAUAAACGCUGCCAAAGGAUCCAAUCCAGCGCUGCUUCCUGCAGCCAAAGUGGCAAAGAUUGCUUCCAAGGUCAUGUGCAAGGCCCUUUUCAACGACGAGUCAACAGCUGGAUUCAAGCAGCACAUUUUAAGAAAGGAGGAUGCGGGAGAGACUACAACUAUUGUUAUUAAUACUGACAACACAAUUACGUUCAAAUCUCGCUCUGGUAACUCAGAGACUGUCACUUCGACUAAGUGGGUCGAGGCUGAGCAUUCUUAA